AUCAUAGCUCAAAGUGGACAAAAAACAAUAUUUUGUAACGUAUCAGAGAAUUUCCUCUUCAGUACUUUUACUUAGAGAAAGAGAUCUUCUCUUUCAAGUUUCAAGUUUCAAGUUCUAGAGCUGUCUCCACCGAUUUCAUCCCCUUUAGCCAUGGAGUUAUCCCCAAAAGUGAAGAACAUUUUGCUUCUUGAUUCUGAAGGAAAGCGCAUAGCGGCUAAGUACUACUCUGACGACUGGCCAACAAAUACGGCUAAAGAAGCAUACGAAAAAGCUGUCUUCUCAAAGACUAAGAAAACAAAUGCUCGCACCGAAGUGGAAGUAACGGCACUAGAGAACAACAUCAUUGUAUACAAAUUUGUGCAAGAUCUUCAUUUCUUUGUUACGGGAGGUGAAGAAGAAAACGAGCUCAUCUUAGCCAGUGUGCUUCAAGGUCUCUUCGAUGCAGUGAAUCUCCUCCUCAGAGGGAAUGUUGACAAGAGAGAGGCAUUGGACAAUCUUGAUCUCAUCUUUCUAUGCUUUGACGAAAUAAUAGAUGGCGGUAUUGUCCUGGAGACGGAUGCAAAUGUGAUAGCAGAAAAGGCAGGAAUCAAUAGCAUUGACCCUAACGCUCUUCUAUCCGAGCAGACGAUAAGUCAGGCACUGGCGACUGCAAGAGAGCAUUUGACAAGGUCACUUCUGAAAUGAUGUGCGUGUGUUACUUUCUGGUUGAUGUUGGUUCGUUGUUAUAUAAGUAUGAACUGAAAAACAUGAAUGUGUGCAAGUUUGAUUGUCUCUGUUGGUUCACUCGUAGUUACAACGAAUUAGAUUUAAAAAAUAAAUCAAUGUUUAUAUUUGUUUGUUUUAUACAAAAGUAAAUUACAAA